GGGUGGGAGAACCACCAAUGCAGGCAGACAUGAGGCCAAAGCCCUGAGCCUCCCUGUGUACCCCUCCCCUAACUUGCAGGUGUAUUUCGGGCGCUGGCUGAUUGAGGGAGGGCCCCUGGUGGUGCUCCUGGAUGUGGGGGCCUCAGCCUGGGCCCUGGAGCGCUGGAAGGGAGAGCUCUGGGAUACCUGCAACAUCGGAGUGCCCUGGUACGACCGUGAGGCCAACGACGCUGUCCUCUUUGGCUUCCUCACCACCUGGUUCCUGGGUGAGUUCCUAGCCCAGAGCGAGGAGAAGCCGCAUGUGGUUGCACACUUCCACGAGUGGCUGGCGGGCAUUGGACUCUGCCUGUGCCGUGCCCGGCGACUACCUGUGGCGACCAUCUUCACCACCCACGCCACACUGCUGGGGCGCUACCUGUGUGCUGGUGCUGUGGACUUCUACAACAACCUGGAGAAUUUCAAUGUGGACAAGGAAGCAGGCGAGAGGCAAAUCUAUCACCGCUACUGCAUGGAGCGGGCAGCAGCCCACUGUGCUCAUGUCUUCACAACUGUGUCCCAGAUCACUGCCAUCGAAGCACAGCACCUACUCAAGAGGAAACCAG